CAGGGAUGAUCUGGAAAGUGAAUGCUCCAGGACACCACAUCAGAAGCUGCUGGGGGCCUAUGCGGUGGGCGAUCCCACUGCCAUGGUCUCCUGUGACAGCCCCUUCUUGUCCUCUCGAGGCAAAGUCAUUAAGUGGUUCUGGGACUCCGCUGAGGAAGGUUACAGGACUUACCGUAUGGAUGCAUAUGAUGAGGACAAGAACCCCAGCGGCAUCAUUAAUUUGGGCACCAGCGAGAACAAGCUCUGCUUUGACCUAUUGUCCAGGCGGCUGACUCAGAGUGACAUGCUGCGGGUGGAGCCGGCGCUGCUGCAGUAUGCUGACUGGAGGGGACACCUGUUCCUCCGGGAGGAAGUGGCCAAGUUCCUGUCUUUCUAUUGCAAGAGCCCAGUACCCCUCAAACCAGAGAAUGUGGUCGUUCUGAAUGGUUGUGCCUCUCUCUUCUCUGCCCUGGCCACGGUGCUGUGUGAAGUCGGGGAGGCAUUCCUGAUCCCCGCCCCUUACUACGGAGCCAUCACCCAGCACGUCUAUCUGAGUGGUAACGUCCGACUAGUCUGUGUCUACCUGGACAGUGAGGUCACUGGGCCAGGCACGCGCCCUUUCCAGCUAACAGUGGAGAAGCUAGAGGUGGCCCUCCAAGGAGCCGUUUCUGAGGGUGUGAAAGUCAAAGGCCUCAUCCUCAUCAAUCCCCAGAACCCGCUGGGUGACGUCUAUUCCCCAGCAGAGCUGCGAGAGUACCUGGAGUUUGCUAAGAGGCAUGAGCUGCACGUGAUCAUGGAUGAGGUCUACAUGUUAACCGUGUUUGAUGAGGCAGUGGAGUACCGCAGCGUCCUGAGCCUGGAAAGGCUGCCUGACCCCCAGAGGACACAUGUGAUGUGGGCUACCAGCAAGGACUUUGGGAUGUCUGGGCUCCGCUUCGGCACGCUCUACACAGAAAACCGUGAUGUGGCCACUGCUGUGGCCUCCCUCUGCCGCCAUUAUUGCCUUAGUGGCAUGGUCCAGCACCAAGUGGCACAGCUGCUCCGGGACCACGACUGGAUCAGCCAAGUAUAUGUGCCAGAAAACCAUGCCCGGCUCAAGGCUGCCCAUGCCUACAUCUCUGACGAGCUCCGUGCUCUGGGGGUCCCUUUUCUGAAUCGUGGGGCCGGCCUCUUCAUCUGGAUCAACUUGCAGAAGUACCUGCCGCAGGUCACCUUCGAAGAAGAAAGGUUGCUGGGUCGCUGCUUUUUGGACAACAAGGUGCUGCUGUCCCCUGGUAAGGCUUUCCAGUGUAAAGAGCCAGGCUGGUUCCGCAUGGUCUUCUCCGACAAGGCCCACCGGCUCCGUCUGGGGAUGCAGAGGGUCCGGCAGGUGCUUGAAGGCAGAUCCCAAGUGGCAGAAGACCCAUCUCCAGCCCCAUCCCCGCCACCUCCAUCCUGGACCGAGGAGCCCAGAGACCAGCACAGGUGACCUGGUCCCUGCCUCCUAAGCAGCCACUGCAUCUGACCCAGGACCUGGUGUGGCUGCAGGCAACUGGCUUCCCAGGAAGUUGUUCAGCUCAGUUUUACCUGUGGGAACCUGAGUCUCAAAGAGAUGGCAUGAUGCCAUCUAUGAUGGCCACGCAAAAGCAUCUCAGAACCAGGAUUCAAAGUCAGCUGUUCUUGCCACACUCCCCACAGCAGCUCCAGCAGCCUCCCGCUCCCUCCAGUCCUGAGAACCAGCUCUGCGUUGUCCCACCAUAAUCUGCCAUCUCAUACAUAUUCAUUUUGUUUGAAAGAGAGACGGAGAUAUUCCAUCCCCUGGAUU